CUCUCUCUAGAAAAAAAUUAACAGAGUGAUUGUUCACACUUUCUCUCUCCAUCUACUACACUAGAUCAUAUAGACAUACACACUCCUUUCGGAGAUCAGAUGCUUCGGGUAGCUUUCCCGAAUCGACUGGCGCUCUUGAUUCGGGGCUCCCUUAUUAAUCCAGUUCAACCUUUUGUUUUCUUCUAGGGUUACGAAAUUACUGAGUGUUUAUGUUUUUACGAGUAUUCAUUUUCUCAGCUGAGCUCCGAAUUUUCAAUUCUCGAUCUAGGGUUUUCGGUUCCUAGGUUUAUUGAGUUAUUCAAUUCUUCAAUUUAAGUUAGUGAAUUUUGCUCUAUACAAAAAAUUUUCCGUCCCUUCCCGGGCAUUGGCUGCUGGAUUGGUGCUCGUGCUCAAGAUUGAGGACUGGAAUAUAUUUCAAGGUAAUUGUAUUUCAGCUCGAGCAUGAAUUGGUAAUGGAUUAUGUUAGGUGUUAUUGAAGUUAGGUAUUUCGGCUCAGUCCAAUUUGUAUAUAUGAGUGGAAUGUAAAAUGUUGGUUUAUUUCAGAGGAAUUGGGCUGAAACGGGUAGUUGGAGUGUUGCUGAUUUGUGGAAUCAGGUUUAGUAAUUGUUUGCAAGCUGAGUUUGUUUAGGUUAUUUCUUGAAUUUCUUCUGCAAAAAAUCUGUAAAUUUAAGCAAAGUUGAAAAGUUAACCAAUAGUGAAUUUUUAAUAUAGAUGUUCGAAUGAAUGCAAUUUUCCCUCCAGUGCUUUCUGCAGAUUAUUUUGGUUGCUAUAGUUGGUAACAGAACUCUGUAUAAGUGCGUGGAGCGGUAUAAUGAUGGCCAAGAAAGAUAGAUUCCCCCCUGGUUAUUCUGCUAGUGUUGCUCCACAUUAUGAAUCUGAAGGAUCUGGCAGCUCGGGACGCAUUGACUCUGUUGAUGGCUCUUCUGUGGCUAAGAGAAAAUGGGUUGAUUUGAAUUCAGCCUCCAGGGAUGGUUUUACUGUACCAGUACAAAUUAUUCCCAUGUCCAAAUUGUCUUCCUUGGAGAGGAAGAGUUUGGCGCGUCGCUUGACAUCAGAGCUUGAGAAGAUUCGAAUUCUCCAAAAUAAGAAAGGGCUGCAAGUGGGUAGCUUGAAGAAAUCGGCGUUGUUGAAUUCUGCAUCUGGGAAGAAAGCUCGUGGUUGGAAUCGAGCUAUAACGGGAAGGUUUCAAUCAGCAAGCAACAACUCUCAUGUGAAUGCUAACAACGCAACACUUAAGCAGUGUGAGGGUCUCUUGAAGAAGCUGAUGUCACAAGAAUUUGCUUGGGUAUUCAAUACUCCUGUCGAUGUGGUGAAACUGAACAUUCCGGAUUAUUUUAAUAUAAUCAAAACCCCCAUGGAUUUGGGAACAGUUAAGAGAAAACUCAAUUCAGGGAAGUACUCAGAUCCUAUAGAAUUCGUAGAUGAUGUCCGACUUACUUUAACGAAUGCAAAGACAUAUAAUCCACCUGGGAGUGACGUCCACGUUCUGGCUGAGUCAUUUAGUCAGUUCUUUGAAACAAGGUGGACAGCUAUUGAGAAUAAAUUUUUGGUGAUUGCUUCCCAUUCGGCACCUAAAAAGUCAAGGGGCAUUGAAGAAACUGGAAUAACCAAGACAUUGGCUCCGUCGAAAAAGAGGAAACCGAGUCCAAGACAACAUGAAGUAGUACAAGAACCUACAAAGCGGAAGCUGACUUCUGAAGACAAGCAUAAAUUGAGCAUGGAAUUAGAGGGUUUUGAUGGGGACCUACCUGAUACCGUCAUUGAUUUGCUCAGAGCACACACUUCAAAUAGAGGUGAUGGUGGAGAGGAUGAGAUUGAAAUAGACAUUGACGAUCUUAGCGAUGACACCCUAUUUACCUUGAGGAAGCUUUUAGAAGAACAUUUACCUGAUAACCAGAAGAACCUUGCCAGAUCUGAGGCCUGUGAGAUUGAGCUCCCAAAUGUAUCUGGGUUUAGCAAUUCAUCACUUCAAGUUGAUAAAGGCAACGAUAGCGAUCCCAUUGACGAGGAUGUUGAUAUUGGGGGAAAUGAAGCUCCUGUCACUAGCUAUCCUCCAGUUUUGAUUGAAAAAGAUGUUGGGGGAAGAGCUGCAGAAUAUAAUGAAGCAGGUCCAGACUCUCAUAGAGGGUCUGAAUGCUCCAAGGGUUCUUCAGCUGUAAAACAAGAGCAGGAUGAAACCUGUCACACAGCAGAUUCAGCUGAUAAAAAGGUUGACACUGGCGAGUUGGUUAGCAAAGAUACAUCUGCUAGUGAACUGGACCACCUUGAAGAUGGUUUAGUGAAGCCUUCCUCGAGUGAUUCAGAUGGACAAGUUGAUGUGGAGGGUGCACAAGAUGACAGGCAGGUCUCCCCAGACAAGCUGUACAGGGCCGCUAUCUUGAAGAAUCGGUUUUUGGACACAAUCUUAAAAGCUCGAGAGAAAACUCUAACUCAGGAUGAGAAGAUGGACCCUGAGAAACUCCGACGUGAAAGAGAGGAACUUGAGAUGCACAAAAAAAGAGAGAAAGCUAGGCUGCAAGCAGAAGCCAAAGCUGCAGAAGAUGCUCGUAAGCGGGCUGAAGCUGAAGCUGCAGCUGAAGAAAAAAGGAGAAGGGAACUGGAGAGAGAAGCAGCGAGAGAAGCGCUGCUCAAGAUGGAGAAGACAGUUGAAAUCAACGAGAAUUCUCGUUUUCUUAAGGACUUGGAAAUGUUGAGGACAGCCCCUACCGAGCAACUAGCACUAGCUAGCAUUGUCGAUGAAACAACUCCAGAGGACUCCCAGGAUGGGUUUGGGAGCUUCAAGUUCGGAAGUCAUAAUCCAUUAGAGCAGCUUGGAUUGUACAUGAAGAUGGACGACGACGAUGAGGAACCCGAACCCCCAACAACCGAUCCCAAUGCUACUACAUGCUCAAUGUAGAUGAAGGUGAGAUCGGUUCGCCUGCUCAUUGGACUCUCGAUAUUAUUGGUCUUCAACUUCGAAAAUCACAAAAAAAAGUCCUGAAAAUGAGAAUGAUUCCAACCUUAUUUGCGUGGGAAAUACGUAUAGCUGAUAUCAUGUUGUAUGAAUAUAUGAUGGUGUGGACGUGUGGUCUAUAUUGGCUCCUAAUUUUGCUCUCUUCUCUCUUAAUACAAGAUCUAAGUAUUGAAUUUGCA